AUGUCCGGCCAUGAUACAUCGCCCAGCAGCAACAACAACCAGCGGAGCGCAAGACCGCUGCGCGUACCGAACGAGUAUAAGCCAUCAUGGAUCCCCCUCUCCGGCGCCGCCGUGCUAGCCAGCCUGCUGGGCUUCUACAUAUUCGGCACGGCAGCGGCGACGAUACGCGACACGGCGGCUUCUCCGUGCUCCUGCGGCGUCCGCGACCAUCACGAGCACGCCGUCCCCACCGGCAGACCACCGGCCAUGACGGGCGACAACGCCGAGCAGUUCGACAAGGAGCUCAACCUGCCGGAAUGGUGGAUGGGCAUCACCUCCCUGCGCAGGGACAUGGCCGCCCGCGCGACCGGACACGUCCUCGAGCUGGCCAUCGGUUCGGGGAGGAACCUUGAAUACUACAACUGGGAGGGUCUAAGCGCUGCUGCUCUUGCCGCCACCCCCACCACCACCACUGCUACUGCUGCUGCUGCUGCUGCUGCUGCCGCUGCUGGCAUAAGCAGGGCAGGAGGUGGGAGGGGAAGAUCUCAGCCCCCUCCUCCUGGGAUAGCAUCCUUCACAGGCCUGGAUAUAUCUGUAGACAUGCUGGACGUCGCCCGUCGCAAGUUGGUCAGGACCGUACCGCCCAUGAAGUCGUUCGCCACCGUGGUCCGAGCCUCCACCAUGGCCGACCACACAGGCGGUCAGAUGUCCUUCAUGGACGACCGUCUCCGCCUCGUCAACUCGGACGCUCACAAACCUCUACCUCCCCCCUCGGAUAAGUUUUUUGCUGCCGGCGGCGGCGGCGAUGAUGAUGAUGGCGGUGGUGGUGCUCUCCAAAAUCAACAACAACGAGAGGAGAAGAAGGAGAACAAGUACUACGACACAAUCAUCCAGACCUUUGGCCUCUGCUCCGUCUCCGACCCCGUCGCCGUCCUGAAGAACCUCGCCUCGGCCGUCAGACCCGACACCGGUAGGAUCCUGCUCCUGGAGCACGGCAAGAGCUGGCUGGGCAUCGUCAACGGACUGCUCGACAGGAACGCACAUCGCCACUUUGACCGCUACGGCUGCUGGUGGAACAGGGAUAUACAGGAGCUCGUCGACGAGGCCGCCCGCGCUACCCCAGGCCUGGAGGUGGUCCGCAUCGAGAGGCCGAAUAUCUCCCAGCUCGGCACGCUGGUGUCUGUUGAGUUGAGGGUCAGGCAGCAGCAGCAGCAGCAGCAGCAGCAGCGAGGCGAGCAGGGCAAAUAG